AUGCGCGACAUCAUCAACACCUGGAAAGACAGCUCAACAUGGGGCCUGUACUUGAUCGGUCUUAUUGCAUAUAUCCCUGCAGCACCCGUUUCUGGCUACCUCUCUCUGACCUUGAAACGUCUUGGUUUCUCGACCUUCAACUCAAACAUGCUGACCAUUCCUGCCGCUGUCCUGCAAAUCAUCCUGAUGCUUGGAUUGGCAUACAGCAGCAACUAUUUCCUCGAACGCACAUGGCACUGCAUCAUCGGCGAGUUCUUUAUCAUGCCACUGCUCAUCGCUCUCCUCGCUCUACCCGCUGGCGGCUAUAACUGGGGCCGCUUCUCCAUCUCAACAAUGAUCAGUGGAUAUCCCUACUUCCACCCAAUCGUCGUGGCCUGGCUCAGUGAAAACACCUUCGAUGUAAAGAAACGCGCCAUCUCAGCUGCCACAUACAACGUUAUUGUGCAGAUCGGUAGCAUUAUCUCGUCGCAGAUCUACCGCAAGGAUGAUGCACCUUACUACUACCGUGGUAACAAGGUUCUUGUUUCCAUCUGUGCGUUGUCACUCGUCGUUUUCGUUGUUCAGCGUGAGUAUUUGCGCUACAUGAACCGUCGCAAGGAGAAGGAGUGGUCGCAGAUGAGCAAGGCAGAGCAGCUGGCUUAUCAGUCAGACCAGGCGGAGAGGGAAAAUGAUGGUAACAAGAGACUGGACUUCAGGUUCCAGUAUUAA